GCGCCCAUCCUCUCUCUCUCUCUCUCUCUCUCUCUCUCUUUCUCUCUCUCUCUCUCUCUCUUUCUCUCUCUCUCUCUCAGUGCGACUCCUCAGAGGGAUCAGGAGUAGACUAAGUCAAACUUCUGGCAGUUUAAGAAUUGUGCGCAACGUCGUGGAGGAUCCAAGCCGUCAAGUUUAUUCUUUCUGGUUUCAUGGGUUCAUCAACGAGGAAGACAAGGGGAUGGAAACAUGGGAUCUAAUCUCAGCGGAGUCAAGAGGAGUCUAAUACACAAAUAAAACAGGUCUCUGUGGUGAUGUUGCCAUGUGCCAGCUGCCAUCUGCUCUUAUACUUCUUUAUUCAGCAGGACUGAUGUCCAGAUGGUGUGCCCCUCCAUGUGCGGUCCAGCUCAACUCUCCCUGACUGUUUCAUGGGCCACAAACCGACCCAAGCAUCCACGGCCACUUGAUUCAACCCCACCAAACACUGUACACCUCACCCUAAACCCCCCACCCCUGACCUUCACCCCCAGUCCCUCAACUCCCUCUGUUUCACUCUCGGUCAAGUGUCCCCUCGCGUUUCGUCAGACCUAACCCUCCCUCAGCCCGACAUGGUGGCCAGCAUUCCCGCUCUACUCUUGGUCAUGAUGUGUCGGGGCGUCCUCCCCUUUGUCGGAGACCCACCUCCACCCCGCCGAGAGAUCCGCAUUGAGGGCGACCUGGUUCUCGGCGGAUUGUUCCCCGUGCACGAAAAAGGUUCUGGGAUGGAGGAGUGUGGUCGCGUGAAUGAGGACAGAGGGAUCCAGAGGCUGGAGGCCAUGCUGUUCGCCAUAGACAGAAUCAAUAUGGACAACAUUUUGCUGCCCGGCGUGUCCCUUGGGGUUCACAUCCUGGACACCUGCUCCAGGGAUACCUAUGCACUGGAGCAGGCUCUGGAGUUUGUGAGAGCUUCCCUCACCAAGGUGGACGACACAGAGUUCAUCUGUCCAGACGGAUCUUACGCUCUGCAGGAGGACAGCCCACUCGCGAUUGCCGCAGUCAUAGGAGGAUCCUUCAGUAGUGUCUCCAUACAGGUUGCCAAUCUUCUCAGGCUCUUCCAGAUCCCUCAGAUAAGCUAUGCGUCAACGAGUGCCAAACUCAGCGAUAAAACCCGCUAUGAUUACUUUGCCCGCACGGUGCCCCCUGACUUCUAUCAGGCCAAAGCCAUGGCCGAGAUCCUCCGGUUCUUCAACUGGACAUACGUUUCCACCGUGGCAUCUGAGGGUGAUUAUGGUGAAACCGGAAUAGAGGCCUUCGAGCAAGAGGCACGCAUGAGGAACAUCUGUAUCGCCACUUCAGAGAAGGUGGGGCGUUCAAACGCUAAGAAGUCCUAUGAAGCCGUGAUCCGUCAGCUCCUCCAGAAACCAAAUGCCCGCGUGGCUGUCCUCUUCCUGCGCAGCGACGACGCCAGAGAGCUGCUGGCAGCUGCUGCUCGGCUCAACACAUCCUUCAUCUGGGUGGCAAGCGACGGCUGGGGUGCACAGGAAAGCAUUGUCAAGGGAAAUGAGGUCACCGCCGAAGGAGCCAUCACACUUGAGCUGGCAGCCAAUCCCCUGCCAGAAUUCAACCGCUACUUCCUCAGCUUGGACCCGGUCAAAAACCACCGCAAUCCCUGGUACAGGGAUUUCUGGGAGCAGAGGUUCCAAUGCUCUUUAGGUGGUGGAGGAACCGGAGGAGGGGCAGGUGUUGGACUGGGGGAGACACACCUCCUCCCACCAUGUGACAAGGACUUGUCAAUGGACAAGAAUAACUUUGAACCUGAGUCAAAGAUCAUGUUUGUGGUGAACGCAGUGUACGCUAUGGCUCAUGCCCUUCACAACAUGCAACGGAGUCUGUGCUUCAACACCACCAAGCUGUGCGACAGCAUGAAGGCGUUGGACGGGCGCAGACUCUACAGGGAUUACAUCCUCAAUGUCAGCUUCACAGCCCCUUUCUCUCCGCCGGGCAGUGAGACAGCAGUGAAGUUUGAUUCCCAAGGGGACGGCAUGGGCCGAUACAACAUCUUCAGCUACCAGCGCUCUGGCGACCGCUACGGUUACAUGCCGGUGGGUGAAUGGGCAGAGAGUCUGAGUCUGAGCAGUGAACUCAUUCACUGGCCAAGGGAAGUGGUGCCCACCUCGCAGUGCAGCGACCCCUGUGAGCGUAAUGAGAUGAAGAAAAUGCAGGCAGGUGAGUACUGCUGCUGGAUCUGUACUGCCUGCGAGCCUCAUGAAUACCUGGCUGAUGAGUUCACCUGCUCGCCCUGCGCUCCUGGCCAGUGGCCCACUGACGACCUGACGUCCUGUUAUGACCUUCCUGAGGACUAUAUAAUGUGGGAAGACGGCUGGGCCAUUGGUCCAAUUACUAUUGCCUGUGCAGGGUUCGUGUGCACUGGCCUGGUGUUCUGGGUAUUUAUCCGACACAACAACACACCGCUGGUGAAAGCUUCGGGCAGGGAGCUAUGUUACUUUCUUCUCUGGGGAGUCUUCAUGUCCUACGCCAUGACUUUCCUCUUCUUGGCCAAACCCUCUCCUGCCAUCUGUGCCCUGCGGCGACUCGGCCUGGGCACGUCGUUUGCUGUUUGCUACUCGGCCCUCCUCACCAAAACCAACAGAAUUGCCAGGAUUUUCAAUGGCGUGAAAGACGGAGCGGGUGCAGUGAGGCCACGCUUCAUUAGCCCGUCCUCUCAGGUGUUCAUCUGUCUGAGUCUAAUCUCCGUCCAGUUAGUGAUGGUGUCAGUGUGGCUGCUGCUGGAGGUUCCGGGGACAAGGCGCUUCACGUUGCCAGAGCGACGGCAGACUGUCAUCCUCAAGUGUAAUGUACGCGACUCAAGUAUGCUGCUGUCACUGGGAUACGACGUGCUCCUGGUCAUCCUGUGUACUGUGUAUGCCUUCAAGACCAGGAAGUGCCCAGAGAACUUCAAUGAGGCCAAGUUUAUUGGGUUCACCAUGUACACCACCUGUAUAAUUUGGCUGGCCUUUCUUCCCAUCUUUUAUGUUACAUCAAGCGACUACAGGGUUCAGACCACCACCAUGUGUAUCUCAGUCAGCCUGAGUGGCUUUGUGGUCCUGGGCUGUAUGUUCGCACCUAAGGUCCAUAUCAUCAUGUUCCAGCCGCAGAAGAAUGUGACCAGCCAUAGGCUUAACCUCAAUCGCAUCAGUGUCAGCGGGGCUGCCACCACAUACGCAUCUCACGCUUCUGUCAGCGCCCACUACGUACCGACCGUCUGCAACGGGAGAGAAAUUGUCGACUCCACCACUUCCUCCCUGUGACCACAUACAAACCACUCUCUAAAUCUGCCCCUGCGACUGUUAGCCAAUCCAUGAACACCAUCCCCUUCCACCUUCUCUCCCCACCACAUGCACAUAUGCAUAACCCAUACACCUACAAACAAACAAACAACCUUCCUUGUGGACUAGAACUGUAUUGUUUCACAGAUGUAGAAAGUGUGUAACUAUAAUUAAAUUAUUUUCUAGGGAUGUACAUACAUGGAAUCGACAUUGUUGUAAGUAGAGAAACAAAAGAACAAAAAAAGUUUUUAGGAGGAAUUUUGGAGCCUUUGUUUUUGAUAGCUUUGUUAUGAUGCCGUGUAAAUAGACAUGCGCUUCAUCAUGGUAGGAGGGUGUGUGUCCCUCAGUCUGGAUGCACAUUUGUGGCUAUGCUUGCCUCACCUGCAAUAUUCCACAGACUUUUUAUUCUCAUGCUUUUUUGUAGGUCUCAUUGUAAUAACUGAUUAUGUAUGCAUUUCUAUUGUGUAUCUUUACAUUUGUAUAUUAUACUACUGAUGGUUCAAACAGCACAAUGUUGACAGUCUUGUGAUCCUAGAAUGAAUGGGGAAAGAAGCAUAAACUGGAUAGAAAAUAACGGCUGGAAAAAAAAAAUCCAUCAAACUCAUUGACUUUCUGUGUCAGAACCCAAUUUUUUUUGUUUGAGAAUUUGUCUUUUCACGUCUUGAUAGAUACGAUUUCCAUCCUAGAUGUGUGUGAAGAAACCAUUGUGGCUGUUUUUGCAGGAAAGUAGGUUUUGCUUUUGAUACUUUUCUAUUUCUGAUCAUGGAAUCCCUUUAUCUGAAUGGCCAUAGUUCCAGACAUGUGUUCACCAAAGCAACAGUACUGUGUAUUGCUGCAAUGGAUCGCUAAUAAUAACUAAUAGCAGGGCUCGAAAAAGUACAUCACUUGUAUUUAUUUUGCCUCAAAGCUUUCAAUACAGACAGCGCUGUGAGAGUCCUGCCAUCCAAGACAAAUGGGUGUCUUACUGAAGUAUUAUGAAUUUGUAAUCAAAUGACUCAAACUGUAAUGAAGGAAAACAGGCUGCUUUGCUGAACACAUGUUGAGUUUUUCCAACUACAGGCAGUGGUAGCUUGUGUUUUUGUGCCCAACAGAUAUGGUGAUGUUUUGAAUAUGGCUAUGUGCCUUAAUUUAUCAUGAUAGUGCUCCAGGCAGAGGUUGUGAGAGGAAAGAGUACAUAUUUCAGGGCAACACAAUGCCAGUUAGUUUUAUUUCCUUCCAAGCCUUCCGCCAUUGAUUGUUUACCUGAAGUGUUGAAACAGUGACAAAGGUUUUAAUGACUUUCUCUGCACCCCUUCUUUCUCCAGCCUGAGAUUGGGGGAGGGGAAACCCACCCGUCACACUGAUUUUACAUUUUUACAGCUUAGCAGCUCCGAUAAAAGAAGGAAGGAGAAGAGAAGUUCAUAUACCAUUAAGAUGAAGUCAUUGACUCGUCGACUUAUUGAAGUGUGCAGUUUACAUGCCUGUGUUAAAUGUGUUGACGUUGAGAGGCACAGUGGAGCAGCUGGCCUCGGCAGUCCCAGAGAGGCUCACGAGAGGAAGCAGAGCACACAGUGUCAGCUGCUGGCAGAGCCCAGAACUCACAUGCAUAACAUACUUUACACUUAUCACAACAUACAAACCCAUCAAACUCGCUGUUUGUGGAUGGAAAUGUGAAUCUGUUGGGUGACUUUCCUGAGGUAGGGGAGUAAAUGGUAGAGAAGCUCAUAUGAAUAAAGUUUUUCAAAGAAAAUCUUAUUAGCCUAAAUUAGGGGACUAAUUUAGCAUCACAGCAUAUUUAAUUUGUACUGUGCAAGAUUUUUUGGCAUUUAGGAAAAUAAUUGUUAAACUGAUUUUAAAUGGUUACCUACUAUAAUAUGCUGUCUAAAAUAAAAAUGUGACUGUUAUACUUGAAAUUUCUAACAAAAUAUUUGAUCUGAAUCACUUAUUCGCUUUCCCAGACCAGUUUUUUUUUUUUAAAUCCAGGUUAAAAAUAAUUCAGCGGGUCGAGGCAGAGCUGUUGAACAUUCAUUUCUUGACCCAGCUGCACCUUUGCACAGCCAGUCUCCGUCAGCAGCCCCGUGAUUAUCACACUUAAUGAUUGAUUGAAAGAAUUUCGGGGGACGCACCAAGACGAGCCGACCUACAUCGGGGCUCGUGUCUUAGGUGCAGAGAGCAGGCUGAGAGAGAGCGAUGUGGCGGAGCAGAGGGGUGCUGCUGCUGGAUUAUGUAAAGCACUCCCACAGCCCAGAAGUCACAGUGCUUCCGUGGAAGCUCAAAGCAUCUCAGAGAUUCUGUCUUUGUUAGCAGAAAGCUUAGGCAUUCACUCAGUGGUCCUGCUCCCACAAGAUACACCCCGCAUGGCAGGUUGCUAUGGACAACCACCGCCACAUCCGCUGCUGGAAUGUGUGUUUGUCUGCCUGGAUAGGAGGGUGGGAGGAGGGGUGAGGAGAGGGGGCGAAAGAAGAGGAAUAUAAAGAGGAAAACCGGGGUGCGGGUUCCGAUUCAAAUUGGCAGUGACUGAUGAGACUUGGCUCAGCGAGGCCCAGUAUUCUACUCCCUGCUUUUAAUGGCCACACAAACAGAGCACUUAACCCCGAUUCUCUUCUCGCUCAGUCCAGCGACUAGUCUCGGACAACGGUCUCACACUCUUCCUCUGACCCUCGCCUUCUCAACCCGCCUCAACCCUUUGACCUUUCCCCCGCUAACUUUGUCCACCUCGUCCCCGCUCUGUGUGUGAAACUUGCUGCUGAGUCGGUCUCAGCCAGGACCACCUAAGCCGCGCCAACAGAUUGGUAUAGCCCACACUUAUACUGAAGCCCUCAGAUCUGGGUGCCCACAUCCAGCACAUUCCAAUGAGGCAGCCUUUAGGAGGCUGGAAAAGGGAUGAGGGGAAGAAGCUGCAGACAUUUGCAUCGCUUUGAAAUACAUCACCUUUCUCACCACAUUGCACCAUCAUAUCACGCACCCACUUACUCUAUCUGGAAGCUUCCUUAAUUGGAUUUAAUCAUGAAUAUCCCAGCUACGGACAUUGUUCCUCUGUUCACCGUCUGCCAACUGCCAUGUGCGCUACAACGGUCUCUGUGCUGUCGUCCCCCCUGCUACAUAACAGAAUGUGUCCUUGGCCUCUUGGCUUUGCAACAGGACAAGAUCUCUGCGGCCAAAUGAAGCUGAGGUCAAGCUGAACUCUGGAACUGGCUGCACACAAAGCAAUAGUUCCGCGUUUAUGAUACGUGCAAUAACGAGGCUGUGAUGACAUCAUAAUAAAUAACAACAAGCAAAUA